AUAGCGGUGCUUUCUCAUUCAUGACGUCACGGCCACGGGUGCACGAGGUGAGCAUCUGGCAAGGAAGAACGCAGCCCAGCGCAGCGGCAGGCAGUUGGGGCCAGAACAAAACGACUCUGGCAACUGUCAUAAUAAACAGCUCUACUGCGGUCCCAUCGUCUCCCCAAACGCCCAAUGCCAAUGGGGGCCAGGCGCAGGACACUCGGCUCGAAGCAUGUCCAAGCAAACGCCAGUGGAACGCCCAGCGAUAUCGGAAACGAAACGGAAACGAGCUGCUAAGCGGACCCGAGCACGAGGCCAGACAUGUCCUCACGGCGGAGCUCAUUCCGCCGGAAGGAGAAGCCAGCAUUUCAACGAUUCAAGGAUCACUGCCGCCACUUCACGGCCUUCAUGUUCAGCAAUGUGGGCAUCAUACUGCUAGUCACCUUCUACACGAUUGGCGGCGCCUUUAUAUUCCAGGCCAUCGAAAUCUUCGAAUACGAGCGACUCAGGUCGGAGAAGCCGCAUCGGUUCAUCGAGCGCAAUGUCAGCGGGGAGUGCCUCACCCGCAUCUGGGAGCUGACGGCCGAAAACAUUAGUUUCUUCGACCACAAGGCCUACAGGAAACGUGUCAAUGACGUACUUCUGGAGUACCAGCGGGCGAUUGUUAAGAAGCAACUGAAGGGACCCGAUGUGGAGCAAUGGAGCUUCUCGGGGGCCUUUCUCUAUUCACUGACCGUCAUCACAACGAUCGGAUAUGGUAACAUAACACCCCAUUCCGAGUGGGGUAAGCUGGCGACCAUUCUGUAUGCGAUAAUCGGGAUGCCUUUGUUCCUGCUCUACCUCUCAAACAUUGGCGAUGUGCUGGCCAAGUCCUUCAAGUGGAUUUACUCCAAGGUCUGCCUGUGCCGCAUAUGUCCUGGCGUGGCCAAGCGCCGGAUAAUACGGGAGAGACGAAAGAUGCGACAUCUUGCGCGGGCGCUCCAAAUGCACCACAUGGAGAGUGGCGGCGGAAGCAGUAGCUACUCCAGCAGCAGCUCUACCACCAACAGCAACAGCAGCAGCAGCACCGACUACACGAAGAGCUCUUAUCGCAGCUCCAGCAUCGUGGAUGUGGCGUACAGCGGAUCCGAUUCGGAUAUUGAGCGAGAGAUACGCGGCAGCACGGAUGAGAUAACUGUCCCUCUGACAGUCUGCAUUUUUGUCAUGGUCGGGUACAUUCUGUGGGGUGCCUUGCUCUUCGGUCGCUGGGAGGACUGGAACUACUUGGAUGGCAGUUACUUUUGCUUAAUCUCGCUCAGCAGUAUUGGAUUUGGUGAUUUGGUGCCAGGCGACCGGGUGAUAACCGCCGAUAGGGACAAAGUUGAGGUCAGCUUUAUCCUCUGUGCCGUAUAUCUAUUGCUGGGAAUGGCCGUGAUUGCCAUGUGCUUCAAUCUGAUGCAGGAGGAGGUCGUACACAACAUACGAGCUAUUAAGCGGGGAUUCAAAGCAUGCUUCCGUUGUCGCAGCUCUUAGAGGCCUCUGGUCCGGGGCUUGGGUUCCCAAUUACAAUUACGUUUUAUCGUACAAAAUUAUAAUUAUUUAAAUUUAUUAUCUUUAGGUAGAUUUGUACAUAUAGUAGGGCUAACUACGACUAAGUAGGACUAGAAAGAAUAUGUUUCUUCAUGAAAGGGACAUUUAAUGCGCUGUUACACCCUAAGACAUAUUGCAAUUGCCUUGAAGGGCGAACAGUAAAUUUUGAAAACGUAGACAAAUCAGCGGCAAUAAAUCACAUGCGCUUCAUCCA